UAGAGGCCCAGCCCAUGGUUCACAGCAGGCAACUUCAGCCUUAUCAGGGGUCCUCCGCCAGAGCCGCCGCACUUCCCUACCUGCCUCUGCCGCCGUCGCUCGCCGCCAUGGAUCUCGACCCCGGCGGCGCCUCGCCCGACCCCUUUGGCUGCGGCGCCCUCCACCUCGUAUGCGAAUACUGCGGCUCCGCCGAUGACUACAGCGCCGACGACGCUGAAGAGGGGAUGUUCACGUGCCGCCGGUGCUAUGCCGUGCACGCCACGCAGGCAACCGCCGCCGACCCGCACGACUUCCCCGCCACAGGCAGCAUCUCCGUCCGCCGCGUCGCCACCCAGCCCACCGCCAAGCUCACCACCCCCACACCCGCGCCCUACCCGAGGACCCCUCACGCCCCCGCCCCAGCUGCCGCCCCCGCCGGGACUGGGUUCGACGACUUCCGGGAGCCGAGCGAGCCGCGGGAUUUUGCGCCCAGCGCCGGGGCGUGGGGGAAGCCCGAGGAUCUGGGGGCGCGGGUGCGCUGGCGCUACGUGAGGGGCCUCCAGGUCAUUCUGCAGCGGCAGCUGGAGGUGCUGGUGGAGCGCCACCAGGUGGGCGCGCUCGUAUGUGGCGUCGCUGGAUCCAUCUGGGUGCGGUGGGUCGCUGCAUCCAAGGUGUUCGACAAUAUGUGGGCGCACCAGGUGCUCGCGGACCACAGCAAGCGUUCUGGUGGUGGAGAUGGUAGUAUCUUUCCGCAUCAAAAAGACAGGCGCAGGGUUGAGUUUGCCUUUCUGCGCUCACUGAGAACGUUGCUGCCCGUUUACUCGACACUGGCAGUUUGUUUCUUGGCCUGUCAUAUUGCCCGUGAGGCCAUCCUACCUAGUGACAUUUACAGAUGGGCAAUGGAAUCCAAAAUUCCUUAUCUGGCAGUGUUUACUGACGUAGACAGGCUCCUUGGGAGCUCACUGUACCAGCAACGCUGCCCUUUGGAUGCAAGGCAGCUGUUCAGGCCGGUGCAAGUUAUUGGAGCAUGGCAACUAGAAGCUGCUGCUGGAUCCAUAGCACAAAGAAUAGGCUUGAGACUUCCUUCAGUUAACUUUUAUGCAAUUGCAUAUCGUUGUUUGAAGGACUUGGCACUGCCUGUAGAUAAAAUCCUUCCCCACGCCUGCCGGAUUUAUGAGUGGGCAAUGCCUGCAGAACUAUGGUUGUCCAGUAAUCCUGCUAGAGUCCCUACACGGGUUUGUGUGAUGGCUAUACUAGUAGUGACUCUACGAAUUUUGUAUAACAUCAACGGUCAAGGCAUAUGGGAGAAGAUUUGUGAGGAAAGAAGAAACACAGGUGGAUCUGAUCCUGAUGAAAAUUUACCAACUUUCACGAUUCUCGAUGACAGUAACAGAGAGGAGUUUGGGUUGAGAGAACUGUUGUGUGCUAUUGCAGCUGCCUAUGAUAAAAUAAAUGUUGUGCACGACUACUCAAGUGACCUCCGUUCUUAUCUCAAAUACUGCAAUGAAGUUAUUUUUACUGGGCUUACAUGUUCAACGGAAGAGGAGAAUCUCAUAGAGAUCUUUCGGGAUAUGUACAAGGCCAGGGAGGAUGACAAUCCAAAAGAGCAUAUAAAAUCCCAGUCUCAAGAUAUUGAAGAAAUGACAAUUACAGAUGGAGUGAAAAAGCGCUCCCGGGAUGGAACAUUUAUUGAAGCAAGUUGCAUUUCUUCAUCUUCAGGUGAUGAUGCACUGCAAAUCAUCAAGUCAGAGAUGCAAGAUCAUGGAUUUCAUUAUAUGCCGCCUAGGAAGCCAAGGAAAUCUGAUGGUUAUCUUCGUUACAGGAGGCGGAGACUAAGUGGUGGCUUUGUUUGUGUUGCGCAUGCUGAUUACUACAUGUUGCUACGAGCUUUUGCAAAGCUUGCAGAAGUUAAUGUUUGUAUCAUGCAUAUCAGUGUGUUAAAUCUUGAGAAGAGACUUGCAUGUAUUGAGGAUCGAAUUAAAAGAAGCUUGAACACCUUACAGAACCUCUCUAGCCAACCAAAAUAUGAGCUAAGGCCUGUAUCCGAUUGAAGUUCUUGAUUGAGUGUCAUACUCUGCCAACAUAGAAUACCAUGUGAUUUUUGGUCAGUUAGAGCUUACUAUCUGAAUGUAUUUCAGGUACUGAUGGCAAACAAACGAAGAAAACCUCUAUUUCUUUUUCUGGCAAAGCAUGUAAUCUCAUUGUUUAACUGUGGUUUGAAAGGAUGAUUAGCUAUAUACCUCAGCAAAACAAGUUUUUUUUUUCAGCGAGUAAACAAGGGCUUGUUGCUGUGGCCUGUGGGCAUUGGUU